AUUUUUAUUCUGAUGAGUUCUUAUGCAUACCUAUUUAAAUUUAUUAUUAUAGGAGAUUCAAGUAAUGUAUAUUUUAUAAAGAGAUUAGGUGUUGGUAAAUCUUGCUUACUAUUACAAUUUUUGGAUAGGAAAUUUAAAUUAGAUCAUGAUACUACUAUAGGAGUGGAAUUUGGAAGUAGGACGUUGAAUAUUAGAUAAAAGAAUAUAAAACUAUAAAUUUGGGAUACUGUAUAAACAAUUCUAAGUAAUUUAGGCUGGAUAAGAAAGUUUUAAAUCAAUAACUAGAUCAUAUUAUAGAGGAUCAAUCUGCGCAAUAAUUGUAUAUGAUGUGACAAGCAGAGACAGUUUUGAGAAUAUCAGUAGAUGGAUGGAGGAGACAAAAAGUUAUGCAAAUGAUAAAAUAACACUUGUAUUGGUUGCUAAUAAGACGGAUUUGUCAGACAAGUAAAAUAAUUUAUAGAGAAACUAUUAGGAGAGUUAUCACAACUGAGGAAGGUCAAUCAUUUGCAAAGAAACAUGAUUUAAUUUUCGUAGAGGCUUCUGCAAAAACAGGAUUUUAAGUAGAUAAAGUAAUUUCUAUUAUAUAAAUAUAUAAGAUCUUUUAAGAAGCAGCAGAAGCUGUUUUAAAAAAAAUAGAGCAGAGAGAUAUUGAUGCAACAAAUGAAGUAUAAAAUGUUUAAAUUAAUAGUCUAUUGGUGUUAGGAUAGGUUCAUAAAUGACAGAAGAAAUGAUUGAAAAGCAAAAAGAAUAGAAAGCAUCAAAAUGCUGCUGA